AAUUUCAUAAAUUGAGUAAUAAAUGGACAAUAUCUGAAAAAUAUAAUGCUAAUCAAAACGUAGAUUAUAAGAGAACUAUUGUAGAUAUCUGCUCUUUUUCAACUGUUGAAGAAUUAGGAUUUCUUAUGAAGAAAACUAUUUAUUCAAAAUUAUCUGAUAUUUUAAGUGAACCUUAAAAAUGCAAAAUGUAAUUAUCAUCUAUUAUAAUAGAUUCAAAUAAUUCAAUAAUGAAGAUAAUACAGAUGCAUAAAUAGAAGCCAUUUAAAUUUUUAAAAACGAUAUUAAACCAUGGUGGGAAGAUGAUAAUAAUAAAAAUGGAGGAGAAAUUCAAUUCGAUAUUUCUACAUAAUAUUAUGCAGUUUAUGAUUCAAUUUAUUAAGAUUUACUUUUAUAAAUUGUAGGAUAAGCUACAGAACAAUUAAGACAUGUAUAUAUUAGAUUUCUUUAAAUUUAGAUUAAUGGAUUAAGAGUCUUAGAUAAAAUAAAUGCUAAAUAAGGUAAUAGAAUUAGAAUUGAAUUAUGGAUGGAUAUUGAUCCAAAAGAUUAAGAUGAAUCUAUUUCAAAAUUAAUAGAUUGGAUUGAUAACACUUUGAAGAGACAUAAAAUUGAUAUUGAUUAAAAUUUAUUUAAUAAAGUUUCUCAUAAAAAAUGA